AUGUUUUUCAAGCGUCGUCAGAAGCCUGCAUUGCGUCCUUCGCGCGCAUAUUACCACUCUAAUGAGCCGCCUUCCAUUCAGUCUCACAAUGAUCAGCGGCCUUUUUUAUCGCGUGCGCGCUUCAGUGCGCUGCCACAUUUGCACAAAAUCGAGGAAAGGGAGAAUUUGACACUCUUCAUUGCAGUCCUUUACGUCGUUGAUUUAUUUGGUGUACUGCCAUUAAUAACGCUCCCGGCUCUGCUGGUGCAAUUAGGUGUACUGGGCAUACCUUUGGUCUUGUCCGUUAUAGCGCUACAAAUUUACACUUCCUUCUUACUCAGUCAGUGCUGGAUUAUGGCUGAGUCCUUCGAUCCGUCGAUAUCACAAAAGAGCAGAUAUCCCUAUGCAGCAAUAGCCCAUUUGGCAUAUGGCCCCUGCCUGAGCCUGUUCGUGCGUAUCUUGCUCGAUAUAAGUAUUUUUGCCACCGCCAUACCAAGUCUACUGAUAGCAGCACAAAAUCUCGAGCUUGUCGGGGAGCGCAUAACGGAUAAUAAAUUUUCCUUCUCCUUUUGUUACUGGGUUAUUAUAAUAGGAAUAUUUUGCUGUCCGCUAAUGUGGCUACGCAGUCCUAAAUAUAUGCGGGGACUGACGAUUUUCUCGCUUGUAGUACUCGUUAUUAUUGUGAUUCUCUUGUGGUUUUGCCUUUUCACAUCCGCACCGUUGGGCAAACCCUUCGAAGGUGUCAGCUUAGAAUUGCCAUCGUUAUUAGCCCUGCUGAAUGGUUAUAGCAUUUUGGCUUUCCAGUUUGACAUUCAUCCGAUGUUACUCACCUUGCAAAUCGAUAUGCAGCAGAGAUCUCAAGUUUACUGGGCCGCAUUCAGUGGCAUCACAAUAACAUGCGCCAUAGCCAUAUUCGGUUCCAUUAUUGCUGUAUAUAAAUUCGGUACAAUGAUCGCGGAUAAUCUGUUGGAGACAUUGCCGAAGAGUGUGGCGUUAUACAUUCUGCUCAUACUUAUGGCUUUGCAGUUGUGUUUCUCAGUUAUUGUCGGUAGUUCCGCCAUGUUUUUACAAAUUGAAAAUUAUCUGCGAAUCAAUGAAGCUUUCUCAUGGAAACGCAUUAUUCUCCGUUCCACCGUUGUCGCUCUUGAAGUGCUCAUAGCCGAAUUUGUACCCAGUUUUGAUGUACUCAUGGAUAUCGUAGGCGGCACGAUUAUUGCCCCAUUGGUCUUUAUACUACCACCGUUACUAUAUCGACGCAUAAGCCAAAUGGAAAGAACACAUCAGCGCGUUGCAACCGAGUCUUCUUACGGCAGUAUACCACUCGAUUUGAACUUCGAGCCCGUGCAUACGGAUAUAGAACAGUUAUUGAUGCUGGAACAGCAACAGCGCCGUGGGGUGGCGCUUUCUUGGCGUUUAAGAUUGCAUAAAUGCUGGUUACAUAUUUUAAAGUAUUGGCAUCGUCUGAAAUGCGAUCUGACGAUGUCGCUGUCGGUGAUGCUUUUCGGUGUGGCGGCCACUAUAAUUUCCACAUAUUUGAAUAUAUUUAGUAUUCAUGAUCUAUUCCGAUACGAGGCAACAUGUUUCUUUAAUAUGACAAAAGAUGUAGCGAAACUUCAGAAAAAUUAAAGAUUCGUAUAACUCCA